CAAGAGACACGCGGACAAAUAUUCUGCGGGAGAAUGAACGUCGCAGGCGUGUGUUUCAUCAAACGACACGUGCAUGUAAAAAAAUCACGUUUUAUAAUCGCAUCUUUUAGAAGAUGCGCUGAUUAUCCGAGAGAAUAGGGACACAGCUCAAUCUUUGGCAGCGUCCAGAGCAUCGCAUGUCAGCACCACAGUCAAAUGGGGAUUCUGUUCUUUGCCAGUUUCUUACCGAUUUGGCAGAAAAGGAGCAGCCGGGAGACGAAAAUAUCGAUCCUGGGAACCGGAGCCUCCAUAGUGUCGAGUCAAGAAGCAAUGGCGGCUCCAAACUUAGCCGAAAGGAAGGUCUGCUGGGCCGCCAGGGACCAGAUGUGGAAAUGUCUGGAUGAUAAUGAUGACAAAGCUGCCCCCUGCCAGAACUUCCGAAAAGAGCUUGAAGCAAAGUGCCCGGCUCAAUGGGUGAAAUACUUCAUGAAGAGAAGAGACUUUUUGAAAUACAAGGAAAAGCUGCAGACGGAAGGAUUUGCAUCGGCCGAUGGGCCAAAGGAGACUUCGUAACCAUCGCUGGGCAACAGACGUGAUGCAACCUGACUGACGUUCAGUCCGGCAGAAAAGCGACAAGUACAGAACGUGGAGUAGUUUUCUACCUUUACUGAGGACACAAAGCCUGUACUGUACUUCAUUAUAUUUAUUUGUGCAGAAAUUUAAAACGGAGUUAAUACAUAACACAUUUACAGUAUGCUAGGAGUUAUAAAUUGCAGUACAAAGCA